CCUGAUCCCUGAACUGCGCCAUAGUAAACAGUGCCAUAGUAAACAACACCUGAUGGGGUCACAACAAAUGUUAUCAGUAAUCUCAGCACGUCUCAAGCUUUCAAAAAUGUUUUGAUGGGACUACACAUCAAGCCUAGAACAUUACCAUCGCGUCACGACAGGUUACCGAGGUGAUGGCCGCUCAAGAAGAAACUAAAAAUACAUCAAAGUUCCUGGUGGGAAGUUGUCUGGGGAUGUGUCCUUAUGCAGAACAACGACUCCGACAGCGAGAACGAUUGAUUCAUCCCCUGGAAAUGGCCGUUGACUCCAAUGGCGGAAGACUGAACUACGUGCAGAUGAGGGCGAUGGUUAAAGAGUUCUCACGUUCAGCGGCCGGUCAUGAGAUCAAGGCUUCAGACAUUCGCCCUCUACCAGUUUUGGUCAAGACAGUGAAAUAUUUGUUGAUGAGUGCCUGCUGUCGGCAAGAUGUCUCGUGGGCUCUGGUCUACCAGUUUGUGAGCGACCGACUUCAUGCUGUUCGACAAGACUUGUGUGUCCAGGGGGUGAAGAAUGACAUGAGCAUCCAAGUCUAUCAAGCUGCUGUAAGAUUCUACGUAUAUGCACAUUACAGAACUUGUGAACAUGGUCUCAGUGACUUUGAUCCAUACCUUAAUAAGAAACACCUUACUGAAACUCUUACCCUCGUCAUCUCACUCUUCCAAGAUCAAGAUAAAGAUAAAAAAGAACCUUGUGUUGAUACAAAGAGGUUCGGAGAUGCCAUGUCAGUCUGCAGUAGUUCUGAUGAGGAUGACGAUGAGGAAGCUCGGGACAACCCUGAUGAUAAAGAAGAUGCCAACGAAAGCAAGAUUGUCCAAGACACAAAGACAAGUGAGAAGGAUAAUGUCUCAGGAAGAACAGAAAGUAAUGUAACAAAUUUGAGAAAUCCUGAAGUAUCACAUAUCAGAGAUGAGGAUCCAGGUGACGAAGAUACAGAAACAGCGAGAGACUUGAACGAGGACGAAGACUGGAGGAAUUUAUCGGAUAUGUCGAGGAGAACGACAGUCCCACGGGAAGGUAGAAGAGGAGAAUCCAGAAAUGUUGUGAUUACUGAUUACACACUGAGAGAAGAAGCCGAGGCAUUGUAUUUGUUGGUGAAUUUUGGCAAUGAAGAAGCACUUUUGCAUGUACUUGAGCUUCCAAAACAUAUAAGGUUUUCGCAACUGGUAUCCAUAGUAACGGAGAUGAACUUCGCCUGGCUCACCCGCAACUACUGCCGUGUUCUCCGCCUCGCCGCAUUCUUGCCUCCGUUAUUUCUCUGCGCUUUCCAUCCUCAUUUAACCAUGAUUCAGAAAACAGCACUUGGCAUUUUAAGUCGAGCCCACAGCAGUAAAGGUCUAGUGUACAGACAAGAUGAUCUCGCUGCCAUCCUCCUUAUUCCCAGUAGUCAGGAUUUGGCCGACGCUUGCAGGCAUUAUGGCCUCACUGUGGUGGACGGAGGCAUCAGCUUCACGAAAGGAGCAUUUAAGUGGGAUGUUCCGCUGAUGAAGCUGUCCCGUGUUAAGUGGGUAGACGACAAGUUAAACACAAUACAACUACCAGAACUCUUGCUGCCCGCCGGCCGCUCACCCUGAUUUAACAUUUGAAGUACAGUUAUUACUGGAGCUGUUUCUUAUCCACGUGGUUGGCUCCUGUACGAAGACGUGUGUGUUCAAAUUUGACUGUACAAAUUUUAUUAUUCCUCGAACAUUACUUUUUACCAAUAGGGUUGAAUGUUUCUUGUUUGAUUUAUUCUGUAAGAGUGAAGAUAAUUUUAUAAUGCUUUAUUUUAUGUUAACAGAGGAACAAUUAUUAAACAGCUGAUAUAAAGGAUGACUCUGAUAGGUGUCAGAAGAUAGGUUUUUGUUGUAUGGUUGACAGUUUCAUGCCAAUAUGGUGGAUACCCCAGUUAUGUGAGUCCCCCAGCUGUUAUUUUUUACUUUUACUUUUAUCCUCUUCGCCACUGAUUGGCUCGUUAGCCGCUUGGGCGAUCGGCCACGUCUCUUCAUUUAUCGGGUUAUAAAAGUAAAUCAUAUAGUGUGUAUAGGAAUUCCAUGUGCAUGACAAUAAGCUUGUUACUUUUUAGAGCGUAUAUGGUGCACAAUUCUACCACUAUAUCUAUUCUGGCAAUGCAUUAGUUUCUUUUUUUUUAUCUAAAAACAUGCUCAGGUGUGUUGCUGUUCUUGUCGUACUGCCGUGGAUCUUUAAUAUUAAGUUAGUUUUGUUUUCAGUUUUGCAGUAUAGUACUUUUGUUAUAAUGUAUGUACUGUAUUCUAGUCACUGUAAAAUGUGUACAAUAUUUGUCAUAACGUUUUAAAGAAUGCAAAAGGAUGAGAAAAGUUAUUAUGAGGACUCAGUUGAUGUGUACCUGUGUACUUGAUUAAUACACCUGUAACAUACAAGACUUAACCCUUUCACAGGUCAGUUCGUACGUCAUGUCUAAUUGCCCAGGACUACCAGAGUGGGUUUGAAGAACGUAAUGUAUAUUAUUUUUGCUUAAUAUAACAGUAAAGAGAAUGAAGGGUUUUGUGUACAGUAUAAAACAAAUUGUUCUCUAGCAAAGUUAUGGGAAAAAAGUCUGUAUCUCAUUAGAAAAAAGAAUGGAUGAUAUACAAAAAAUUUCAAUAAAACAAAACAAAGUCAAUGGGUCUUCAGCCGUUAAGGGAGAGAAUUCGUCUCUUAACAAAUUCUAGUGUAUGAUAUUCUACUGAGAGUACUUCAUGUUUUGUCACACUUCGGUGGAAGUUAGUGGGAUGAGUUUAGUAGUGACAGCUCUUGCUUCUCUGAUGGUACAGUACAGUACUCACCAUAAUGGUAAAUGAACCAUUAAGUUCUGUAACCUAAACAAGUAGACUUCAUUUCACUAGUAAAGGGAAUGAUGUGGAUGAUGUAUAAUAAAUGUGGUAAAACACAAAGAAAACAUAGUGAAGCGUCUACUCCUGAGAGUGGAGCCGUGAGAUGUACUGUACAGCCCUUGUCCAACAGUAGUGAUGACACUAACGGUCCCUUAUUUAACACAAGUAAUAAUAUUUCAGUAAUGUGCAUAAGCAAACUUACCUUCCAGCAGCUGUACAUUACCCAUCUAAAUCAGUUGUUUACAAACUACAAAUAGUACAAACUAAAGCAACAAUAAGACUAACGAGAGCACCUAUGUUGAGUACAUGAGAGCACUACUUGACCUGGAUCAGGUAGAUAACUGGGAUUGACCAAUGACCUUGCUCUUGAAGCUGCCAUAUAUAUUUAUGUAUGUUUGUUGUUUAUGGACCAAACAUUACAUACACAAAGUUUCCUUCUUUUUCACCCUGGAUGUGACAGUGUUGAGUGAUACUUGUUGUUCUGAACGCUAGGUGGGGGAGAACUUUUGCCGAUUCAUGAUCUGUUUACCAACUUGUGUUCCUUAACAUGUAAGGUAUGUGAAGACACUUACCAAUUUGUGAAAGGGUUAAUAACAGUAAUAAUGCUUUGGUGCCAAACUUUUGUAACUAUAUGUAUCUUGAAAGGUAGAUACUGUAUCUGUACAUUGUGUGCCUGUGCUGCCAACAAGGUUCCCUCACUCAAUAUGAAGACUGGGAGAGGAUAUAUAAUUUGAAUACCACAUCAAGUACCUAUAGUAAUAAUUACAAUACAUAACAAUUUAAUAAUUAUUUAAUUCUUGGCUUAUGAAGUUAAAUUUUCAUAUAUCAACAAAAUAUUUCAGAACUUGCAGUCUUUUUUGCUUUGUUUUUGUCGUCAAAUUUACAAAGUUCUGUCUUAUCACUGCAUAAUACAUGAUGCUUCUCUAACAAUAAUACUUGUAUCUUAUACAACUUAUACUGUUGAGAACAAUAAUGUACUGUAUGUGUUAAUUAUAUUCUUUGUGUGUCAAUUAUAUUCUUUAUUGCUGAA